AAAACCAAAGAAGCCCCAGCGAAAACUCAGAAGCUCUCUCCAAGAAUCUAAAAAGUUUCUCGUAUUGCGCGUGCUUACACUCGCAUUUCCUUUUUUUUUUUUUUUUUCCCCCUUUUUUUUUUCUUUUUUUUUUUUUUUUUUGUCUGUUUUGUUUUGAGGUUCCUGAUAUUGCUUCCUCUUUCCUUCAACCUUUGGAUCCCCAUUCGCCACUGUGUCUCACUCCUCGAGCAAAGAAAACAGCUACACUUCGCUGCCCUAACGUCGUUGUUUUGCCCUAACCCAUUGCCAGCUCCAUUGAAGUGCAGCAAAGGAAUGCAUUAUGGAGACUGCAAGAUCAGGAUUUCAUAAAUUUAGAACAGAGUUUUGGGCUUUUUGGUAUUGCCCAUCUGGUUAGAUUUCAUGACUGAUUCGAAAGGAAUUAUGGCUCUUCAGAAGUUUGUUCCUUCUGGUGAUGCACCUUCUGUUAGUAUGAAACCUUUGAGUUUCUCCAGUAAGAUGCACGAGAACAAUCGACUUGCUGAUAUGGAGACCAAUCGUGAUGUGGAGCCUGAUGUAGAUAUUGAUCUUAGAGAAGUUUAUUUUCUCAUUAUGCAUUUUCUUUCAGCUGGGCCUUUUCCUAGAACUUUUGGACAGUUCUGGAAUGAACUUCUUGAACAUCAAUUGUUACCUAGAAGAUUUCAUGCUUGGUAUUCAAGGAAUGGUGCACAUAGUGGGGAUGAGAAUGAUGAUGGCAUGUCCUUCCCAUUGAGUUAUGAUAUGUUGGUGGAGAGGUAUUCUCAUAUUGAAAAGGAUCACCUGGUAAAGCUUUUGAAGCAGUUGAUUCUAAGUAUUGCCCCACCUUCACGGGGUGUGGGUGGUGGAAACAUUUCUAAUGCUGGUGAUGUACCUACUCUUGUGGGAAUGGGAUCAUUUUCACUUCUUAAUUAUGAUAGGGAUAAAGGAAGCAAUGAAAUGAAGCGCCCCCCUUCUUACAUGCGUUGGCCUCAUAUGAAAGCUGAUCAAGUUCGUGGGCUAAGUUUGAGGGAAAUUGGAGGAGGUUUUGCUCGGCACCAUCGUGCACCAUCGAUUCGUGCAGCAUGUUAUGCCAUUGCAAAACCAUCAACCAUGGUUAAGGCGAUGAAAAAUACCACGAGGCUAAGGGGACAUAGGAAUUCUGUGUAUUGUGCAAUAUUUGAUCGCUCAGGGAGAUAUGUUAUUACUGGUUCAGAUGAUCGUCUUGUAAAAAUCUGGUCAAUGGAAAAAGCAUAUUGCUUGGCCAGCUGCCGUGGGCAUGAAGGAGAUAUUACUGACCUCGCUGUGAGUUCCAAUAAUGCUUUGGUGGCAUCCUCGUCAAAUGACUGUAUCAUACGAGUUUGGCGCUUGCCAGAUGGACUGCCAAUUUCUACUUUAAGGGGACAUACUGGAGCAGUUACUGCCAUUGCAUUUAAUCCCAAACCUAGCUCUGUAUACAACCUUUUGUCCUCAUCAGACGACGGAACGUGUAGAAUUUGGGAUGCUAGAAACUCCCAGCUGAGUCCACAGAUUUACAUACCAAGGCCUUCAGAUUCUGCAGCUGGAAAAAACAGUGGCCCAUCAUCUAGCACAGUGGCACAAAACCAUCAAAUUUUUUGUUGUGCAUUUAAUGCUAAUGGAACAGUGUUUGUCACUGGUAGUUCUGACACUCUUGCAAGGGUGUGGAUUGCUUCUAAACCGAGCUCUGAUGACUCAAACCAACCAAAUCAUGAGAUUGAUGUGCUAUCUGGACACGAGAACGAUGUGAAUUAUGUACAGUUUAGUGGCUGUGCUGUAGCGUCUAAAUUUAUGACAGCUGACACCUUAAAGGAAGAAAACAUUCCAAAAUUCAAGAAUUCCUGGUUCACACAUGACAACAUAGUUACUUGUUCUCGUGACGGCAGUGCAAUUAUUUGGGCACCAAGAUCAAGGAGAUCUCAUGGAAAAGCUGGUCGGUGGCAACGAGCUUAUCAUCUCAAAGUUCCACCUCCUCCAAUGCCACCUCAACCUCCACGAGGAGGCCCUCGCCAGAGAAUUCUUCCAACUCCUCGUGGUGUUAAUAUGAUUGUUUGGAGCCUUGACAAUCGUUUUGUCCUUGCUGCUAUUAUGGAUUGCAGAAUAUGUGUAUGGAAUGCUUCUGAUGGUAGCUUAGUUCAUUCUCUAACAGGUCAUACUGAAUCUACAUAUGUUCUGGAUGUUCACCCUUUUAAUCCUCGGAUGGCUAUGAGUGCUGGCUAUGAUGGAAAAAUCAUAGUGUGGGAUAUAUGGGAAGGAAAACCAAUUUGGAAAGAUGAUAUUUCACGUUUCAAGCUGGUAGAUGGGAAGUUUUCACCGGAUGGGACAUCAAUUAUACUCUCUGAUGAUGUUGGUCAACUAUACAUAGUAUGCCCAGGCAAGGGGCAAUCUCAAAAAGAUGCAAAAUAUGAUCAGUUUUUCCUUGGUGAUUAUCGUCCCCUUAUUCAAGAUACCCAGGGAAAUGCACUUGACCAGGAAACUCAGCUUACACCAUACCGUCGGAAUCUUCAAGAUUUACUGUGUGACUCAGGCAUGAUACCAUAUCCUGAACCCUAUCAAAGUGCAUACCAGCAGAGACGAUUAGGAGCUCUGGGUAUUGAGUGGCGUCCUACUUCUCUGAAACUUGCUACUGGACCUGACUUUAGUCUAGAUCAGGAGUACCAAAUGCUACCCUUGGCAGACCUGGAUGUAUUAAUUGAUCCACUGCCAGAGUUUGUUGAUAUCAUGGAUUGGGAACCUGAACAUGAAAUGCAUAGUGAUGAUACUGAUUCCGAGUAUAAUGUUACUGAAGAUUACUCAACUGGAGGAGAGCAAGGAAGUUUAAAUUCCAAUUCCUCUGCUGAUCCUGGGUGCAGUGCAGAAGACAGUGAGAUUGAUGAUCAAAUGGAUGGACGUCGUAGAUCGAAAAGGAAAAAGCAAAAGGCCGAAAUUGAAAUCAUGACAUCUUCUGGAAGGCGUGUCAAAAGAAGAAAUUUGGAUGAGUGUGAUGGCAAUUCUGUCAGAAAUAACAAUGUUAGGAUGUCCAGAAAUGGUAGAAAAACUUCUAAGAGAAAAUCUUCCACGUCAAAGUCACUAAGACCUGAAAGAGCUGCUGCACGGAAAGCUCUUACUUUGUUUUCUAAAAUUACGGGUACCUCCACUGAUGGAGAAGAUGAAGAUGGCUUGGAAGGUGAUACAUCUGAGAGUGAAUCCAAUUUGCAAGAUUCAAACAUUGAGAGUGAUGGGUCAGAUAAAUAUUUACAAAAUGAACGAAGAAAGCAUUUGAAGGGAAAAGAAAUUUCACUGGAUCAGUCUGAGGACAUGAGUAAACCUCAUGGAGGUCAUGAAAUUCAUCUGAAUGGUGGAAAUAGGAGGAGAUUAGUUCUCAAAUUGCCAUUGCGGGACUCAAGUAAGUCUGUGGUUCUAGAGAGUAAUAUGUAUAAAGGGGAUAACCAGGCUGAUUUGGUGGGCCCAUCAUCUAAAGUUCCUCAGGGGACCAUUGAGAGAAAUGGAAACUUGGUAACUUCUCAGGAAUCAAGGUGUUCUCCUGAGGUAUGCAGCAAAAUUGAAAGAACAGGAGUACAGUUAGACAGUGUUGGUGAUCACUUAAAUUUGUCUGAAGGUUGCAAAAAUGGGGAAAUCAGAUGGGGUGGAGUUAGAGCUCGCACAUCGAAGCGUCUGAGAUUGGGUGAAGCCACGCCAUCUGAUGCAUUUGCCGGAACUAGUUUAUGUCUUGAUGCUCAUCAUCAAAAAGAGAAUAAUGUCAGUGCAUGCCAAAAAUCUGUAAAGGAUUGUGGUCCUAACUCCUCAGAUAUAGAUAACCGGAACUACGGGUUUAAGAUGGAUGAAGCGGUGAUAAUGGAUGGGAAAAAUAUGGGAGGUGGUACCUCCAAGGGUCUUAUUGAUUCAGGCAAUAGUAUAGAGCACUUAAGUUUCAGUGAACAAAGGGAUUAUGAUAAACCAUCAGAAACUAUUGACAUGACUGCUUCAAGGUCAACUUCUUCUGCCCAUGAUAAGAGCAGGACUGACCUUCUACAUGAACGAAAUGAGAACCUACCACUCAUCUCUACAAAGCUAAGGCUGAAGAGGACUAUAAUGGAUCCUAAAAGUCCUUGCAAACAAGAAAUGAAAUCCUUAGUAGAGAACUUGGAUGAUGGGAGAUGUAAUUCAUUGUAUGAAAGUGCUUUGGGCAAAGAACAGGAUUCAACAGUGCCUGAUGGUGAUACAAACAAGAGAAUUAAUUCAGAUCGUGGAAAUGGUGGUUCUCUAGAAUCUGACAAUCAAGAAGAAAAGAAUGCCAUGUCCACUAUACAGGACUCGGUGGAAUCUCAUUCACAGAAGAACAAAAUGUACUCUGCUGUUUACAGAAGAGCGAAGACUCAUAGAGGUACUAUUAAUGUAGAUGGUGAUGGUGAUGGAAAGGAUGAAAGCACUUCAAAUAUAAACAACAACAGUCUUAGAGUUGGAGACGAUAUCCAUGAAGACUCAAUUGAUAUAGCUCGCACGACACGAUCCAUUGGGUUGAAGGCCUUGACAGGUAGUCAGAAGCUUGUGCCUGAUGAUAAGAAGCUGGGUCAAGUACAUGAUUCAGGUUAUUCAUUUAGAAGUAACCAGAAUAGUUCCAUGAGCAGACGUCAAUUGCUGCAGGAAGAAUGGGGAUCAAGUUCAAAGGUGACAGUUGGACUGAGGUCUACCAGAAACAGGAGAGGUAAUUAUAGUACCCGUGAGACAAGUCCAGUAGAUAAAAGAAAGUCAAAUAAACCAUCAAAGAAAGGAUCAUGGCUGAUGCUGUCCACACAUGAGGAGGGCUCCAGAUAUAUUCCCCAGUUAGGGGAUGGAGUAGCAUAUUUGAGACAGGGGCAUCAAGAGUAUAUAGAACAAAAAGGUUCAAGAGUGUCUAGAGACUCAAGAGAAGACCCUCCUUGGAUAUCAAUGAAAGGAAGCAUACGCGCUGUGGAGUUUUGCAAAGUUGAAACUCUUGAGUAUUCUUCAGAAUCCGGAUCUGGGGACAGCUGCUGUAAAAUGACACUCAAAUUUGUAGAUCCUAGUUCCAGUGUGUUCGGUAAAACUUUUAAGUUAACCCUACCUGAAGUAACUGGCUUCCCUGACUUUCUUGUUGAGAAAACUCGAUAUGAUGCUGCUAUACAGAGGAAUUGGACACACAGGGAUAAAUGCAAAGUCUGGUGGAAAAAUGAGGAUGAAGAAGAUGGGAGUUGGUGGGAUGGCCGAAUUCUAUCUGUGAAGCCCAAAUCUUUAGAUUUUCCAGACAGUCCAUGGGAAAGGUUCACAAUUCAGUACAAGAGCGAUCCCCCUGAAAUGCUUCAACACAGUCCUUGGGAGCUGUUUGAUGUUAAUACCCAAUGGGAGCAGCCCCAUAUUAAUGAUGAAACCAAAAGUAAGCUGCUGUCUGCUUUUGCCAAAUUAGAGCAGUCAGGCGAGACACCGCAGGAUCGAUAUGGUGUCAAAAAAUUGAAGCAACUUUCACAGAGGCCGCAUUUUAUAAACAGGUUCCCGGUUCCAUUAUCUCUAGUAGUGAUCCAGCUAAGGUUAGAAAACAAUUACUAUCGGAGUUUGGAAGCACUGAAGCAUGAUUUCAUGGUCAUGCUUUCAAAUGCUGAAACUUAUGGAAGCAAUUCGGAGCUUAUGGCAAAACUAAGACGCCUAUCAGAUUGGUUCUCACGGACAUUAUCUUCUUUGUAGCUCGUUUGACUACUGAGUUUUAUAGAGAGAUCUAUCAGGAAUGAGGUUGAAGCAGCCCAUCUGUGUUUUGCUGCUUUUCUUCUGUAGAUAUUUCCAUUUCUUGGAAAGUUUCCACCUUACCCCUAUAUUCGUUUUUGGAAAUUGGUUAAUCUUUUGGGUAUUCUUUCUAUAGGGGAAAUAGAGAUCUUAGAGGAACUUUGCUGGUGGUUUGUGUAGAUUUUCCACCGGAUAAUUCAUUCUUGUAUAGACACUCAAUAUCAUCAUUAAUAACAACAAAGAAAAAGAAGCUCCUAACUUCGUGUUUCUGUUGGAAGAUCUGACGAGUACGUUGGGCUUCAUAUAAUAUCUUUAUGCAGGGCUUCAUCAAAAUUUUAUUCAGCAAUGCUUUUUCCCACACGUGGUUUAAUUGCAAUUUUUACCUUUGUUUGAAGGAUAAACUACAGACAUAUACCCUCAAGUUCGACUCUUUUUUUUUUCCCCCACAUAUGUACGGUGAUUACUUUUCAGAAGCAUCAUUUUGCUUGCUAAUAUUGUUGCAAUAACUACCUUUAAUUGGUUAUACGGCAAAAAUAACCAUGAAAAAUCCAUACUUUGAUUAAAAAUACAUGUUCAGUUGAUCAGACCAAACACUGUUUACAGCCCAACACAAAAUCAAUCUCUCCACCUAUGUCCACAGUUGGGGUUGCAGCAAACAAAAAACAGUGUCAUCCCCUCCUCGCCUCUAGCAGUUGCCUG